AUGCAUAGUCAAGGAGAGGAUUCACGAGGCAGGGCUAAAUUGGGAUUGGAGGUCGCCCCUUACAACAGACGAACAGAUACGAAGCUUUCAUUCGCUACUAAACAAGUUCUAUUGUUCAAGGUGGAUUUUGAGAAAGCCUUCGACUCUGUAAACUGGGAAUAUCUAGACUCGAUCAUCAGCCAGCUUGGGUAUGGUGAGAAGUGGAGAAUGUGGAUUAGAGGAUGCCUUCAUUCAGCUAGACUAUCGGUUCUCGUAAAUGGAUCUCCUACAAAAGAAUUUGAAAUGAAAAAAGGCGUGAGGCAGGGGGAUCCAUUAUCUUCGUUCCUGUUUAUAAUAGCAAUGGAGGGCCUCAAUAUUGCUAUGAAGGAGGAAGUCUUACGAGGAGCAGCGCCAUUAGGAUGCAAACCGAAUUCACUCCCUUUCACGUACCUCGGUGUACCUGUGGGUGCUAACAUGAAAUUUAAGAAGCAUUGGAAACCCGUAAUUGAUAGAUUUUAUGCAAAACUUUCCCCAUGGAAGGCAAAAACACUUUCUUUUGGGGGUAGAUUAACCCUCUCGAAGGCCGUCCUUGGCAGCCUUCCAUCUUACUUCAUGUCUAUAUUUGUGUCUCCUACGGGAGUCUUGGAAAGCUUGGAAAAAAUUCGAAGGCAAUUUCUGUGGGGUGGCGGUGAUAAUAAGUACAAAAUACCAUGGGUAUCAUGGGGAAAAGUUGUCACAUCGAAGGAGAAAGGGGGUUUGGGAUUGGGUUCUCUUCGGGCUUUCAACCUCGCAAUGAUUGUUAAAUGGUGGUGGGGACUGAAGAAUAACAAGUCGACAUUAUGGAGAAGAGUAAUCACGGGUAUCCAUAAUCUACAUAAUAAACCGGCCAAGACACUAGCAAAGAAAACUAUCCCAGGCAUUUGGAGUAACAUUGCAGGGGUAAUACAGGAAUUACAAAAGGAUGGACUCAGUUUUGAUGACAUUUUUAAGAAACAGGUCAGAGAAGGCGAAGACACUCUUUCUGGAUGGAGUCAUGGAAUGGUGGUGAACCCUUUAGAGAGAGCUUCCCAGAAUUGUAUCAACUAG